GUUGCCUCGAAGUGCGCCCGCGCGGCGCCGAUGCGGCGGGGCGCCGAUGCGGGCGGCGCCGCUCUCCGCCCGCGCCCUGCCCCGGCGGCGGCUCGGCGCCGGGCGGCUGCCGGCGGGCUGCGGCUGUCGCGACGCGCCGGCGGGCGCCGUGCGGGGCGCCGCGGGCGCCCCGCCUGGCGCCGCUGGCCUCUUCGGGCAGUUCCUGUCGCCCUCGCGGGUCCACGACGUCGCGAACCCCCGUUACGCCGCGAGCCGGCCCUCGUGGGUCUCUGACGCGGGCGGCCUGCUGGGAGAGGGGGACCGCGUGAAGCUGGAGGCGCUCUGCGAGGAUGUCCAGGCCAGGUGGCACGCGGAGGUGGCCGUGGUUCUGCUUCGCUCCUUGCCGCCAGACGUGCAGCCCUCGGGGUUCGCCGCGGCCUUGCUGAACUACUGGGGUGUGGGGGACAAGACGCUGCACACUGGGCUCCUGGUCUUGCUGCUGCAGGAGCAGCGGCGCCUCGAGAUGCGCGUCGGCUUCGGCGCAGGCCGCGUGCUGGGCCCCGAGCGGCUGAGGGGCAUCCAGGAGGAGCACAUGGUGCCCGUCCUGCGCUCAGGCGCGGCGGGCGAGGCCCUGUGCGCGGGGCUGCGCGCGGUGGUCGCGGCGCUCGAGGAGGGCGCGCCGCCGCGCUGGCGGCGUGGGGGGGGCGGGGAGGCCGCGGCCGAGGAGCCGAACAGGCACGGCUUCGGCGGUGGGCAGACGCCCGUGGACGAGUUCGUGCGGGGCGCGGGCGGCGACCCGCCGGGUGGCCCCGGGGUCAUGUCGGCCGACAUCGAGAAGAAGCUCGCGUACAUCAACUCCCAAAAGGGCGGCGGCGGCGGCGGAGGUGGAAGUGGCCCAGGGGUAGACGGACUCGCGCACGACCUCGACUCAGUCAAGUACGACCUCGGUGAGCUGAAGGACAUCGUCAAUGGUAACAAGAACGACACCGCUCAGGUCAAGCGCAUCGUGCUUGCUUGCGAGCGCGACAUGGAGGACUUCACAGCUGCCAUGGACGCCGUGAAUGUAGAUCUCGACGAGAUGCGUGCGCGGGUGGACUCGACGCACUCUAUCAUCACUUCGAGGCAGCGCGUGGAGGCGACUGUGACAGCGGAGAUCUCCACCAUGCGUCUGGACAUGGGUGACAUGCAGGAAGCCCUGAAGGCCCAUGACGCCUGGAUGGAGGACGUGUCGCAGAGCUUGCAGGAGGCGCACGAGCGCUGCCACCAGCUGUCCGAGGACAUUGCGGACGUGCGCGACCAGACCCAGCACAAGCUCGACAACAAGGUAGACGUUGCGGCGUGGAACGAGACGAACGAUGACCACGAGGAGUCGGUGAAGACGGUACGCGACAUGGCCUCCGCCCUCCGCCUCGAGGCCGACACUCGCCGCAGGAGCGCGCGCCUGGCUUUGGGGGGGUAG